AUGGAUGAUGUCGCCGACCUCGUUAUCUCGCCUUUUCGAGAUAUCGUCGACAAAGGCCGAAAGGCUGUAGAGAAUGCCGGCGAUGAUAAAACAAUGCUUAAGGCGUCCCAGAGCCUUACCAAAGAAGGCGAACGUGCGCUCAAAAAGAUCGAACCGCUGUGUCGAAAACACCUCGACGAAUACGGCUCCAACUUUCUAGAUGCUCUUAAGGAAAAUGAUGAAAUCGCCGCUUUCCGAACAGAAUUGAACGAAUUGCUAUGGGAGUUCGAAGACUAUAUAGAGUUGGACGACUUUGAGGCCGACAAGUUUGCUGAGUUGCAAGCUCUGUCGCGCAAAGCCGCCCCGAAGAUUUACGACAUCCUUAUGCGCCUCAAGCUCGAGGUACCGAUUGAUCAUGAUAAUCGCUCCAUCAUGACUCGAAUGUCGGGGUCACAAUCACGACCCAUCUCACCAGAUGCUCCCCCAAUGCCACCGAUAUAUCCAUUCUCCGAAUUGAUAAAAGAUACUCCACGAAGUGCCUCUUCACUCGCUUCCGAAAGCCGCUCCAGCAAUGAUCCUGUAACAGUCGAAGCAGCCACUGCUGAGCUGCGGCGCAUGAUGCAGUCUCGAUCAGGGCCGGACGAAGGUCUAUAUGCCGAGUCUCCACGGUCCAGUCACACGCCACAGGCUGUACUGACACCAGUCGAGCCACCUCCAAGACCGCCGUCUGGCAACCCAUGGGAUUUCAAUGUAAAGGCCUCGCCAUCUUCUCGCGACAACCACUUCUCAGAUGACUUUUCUUUUGAGAGGAGAAAACCUGUGGCCCCGAUUGAAUCACCCGUUGAGCCAAUAUCACCGCCUCUCAGCCCGGAUUUAAGCAGAGAGCUUCAUCCCCGCCCACUCAAGCCAGGAGGUGACCGCACAUCCCAGUAUAGUAAUGACUCCCAAGUCAGCUCAGUGGGGAUGGAACCCACGACAUAUGAACGUACAUACAGUGUCUUUCCAUCACCACGGGGUCGUUAUUCGAACCAUAACUCCAUAUUGUCUACCUCGAUACCUGAGGAUGUUGUUUCAGACAGGCCCAACACAGGCUAUAUGUCACAGCUCUCUCCUACCCCGAGGACGAUUCCUCCUCGAACACAUUCGCUUCCUCAUUCUCGUCCCGAAUCGGUCGAAACCAAUCCUGGCUCUGUUUUUGAUGCAGGACGACCUGACGGAGCGACAACUCCUCUCACAGAUAACCGCGACUCUUCCCUUUCAGGUUUUGACGGCAGUCCCACACUCGGCACCGCAGAAAUGAGCCCCCUCCAGGUCAAGCAUCUACCGGUGAAUAACUAUCAGGGCAUGCUCGAGCCAGUGCAGCCGAUCAUGGUCCCUGAGGUAGAUAAUCUUCCCAUCCCUGUUGAGAGCGAGAUCCAGGUUCCGGAACAUCCACCAAACCCUUUUGCCGUCGACUGCAAACUCAACCCCCAGAGCUCUUUUUAUGUGCACAAAGGUUUCUGUGAUGGUGCAAAGGAGAUUCUCAACGGAGGGGCCGGAGUCAAAAAGACAGUAAAAGCGGGUUUCGCUACCGUUGCAACAAUCGCAAAAUGCGUCAAGUGUCAUUUCGAACUAGACUUUAAUGAGAUUGACUUGGAUGUCAAUAAAGCAGAUCGAGGUAACUUUAUCAAGAAUGGCAUUGGAUACAGGUUGCGCUUCCUCCAAAAAUCUCAUUUGCCGACGAGACGUUCAGACGAUGUCAUGUAUGGUUGUAUCUUUUGUAUCUUUCAAGGAAAGACCCUUCACGCAAGCGACGCAACCGUCUUUAUCAGUCAAAAGGCCCUCUUUGCACACUUGGCUCGCCAUCCUCGUCCUUUACCAGCCGUCCCUGGAUUUACGGUGAUUGAACAGGAGGAGGUCCCUGCUGUGCACAGGAAUGAUUAUGACCUUCACUUCAAAUCACCUGUCGAAACACACCCCGUUUUGGAGAAGACAGAUGAGAUAUGCUAUCUCCCAACUGCAACCAGCAAAGAAGCGGCACGUCGUAUGUACGGGCAACGAUUACUGUAUGAUAGGACUCCCGCCCUUGAAUUGGUCUUGAAUGCGAAAAUUGUCGGCCUUUCCUGGCCCGCAAAGUAUAUGGGCGAAUGGGCUAUGGGAUACCACGAUGGCAUCCUAGCCAGUGUACCGACUGAGAUUCUAAAGCUGGAUCCACCGCCAUCCAGUGAAGUCAAGAUAGACGGAUUAAGUCCAGUUCAGGCAACCGCAAGGUGGAAGUUCAACCACAAGGACAAAGUCAAGGGCGAUUGGCUCAAGUUCGAGAAAGACGAAAUCAUUACCAACAUCAGCUGGCCUUAUCAGGAGUAUUGGUGCUGGUCAGGGACGAACGCCAAGGGCAAGACAGGAAUCUUUCCUCAAGCGUUCAUUGACGUUAGCACACUGCGAGAUUUUGGUAAAACUGGUUCUGACAGGGCGAGUAUCGUGAGUAACGAGAGAAACAAGUCCUUGUCUGUCCUGUCUCGGUUCUCUUCUCGCAAAACGAGCCGGGCUGGACGACCAGGAAGUAUCGCGGGCUCUAUCAGCAGCAACGAGAUACCUGCGCUUCCAACGCCGAUCUCAAGUGGCACACUUGGUCGUGAGUGA